UCCAUUUUGUUCAAUCUCCUCUCGUCUCCUCUCCUCCCUGUUUUCCAGCGAUGAUGCAGACUGUACCCUCUUCAUCUCGGCUUAAACUGGAUGUCUCAAUCAUUCUUCAUCAGCUCUUCGCUGACGGGCUCUUCUCCAGAUUCACCUGAAUUAAACCGGAUAAGGACCUCAGAUGUUAUGAAGACCCAUGCUCCAAAUUAGACAUGACAUUCAACAUCCACAUUUCUGACAUACUGAAAAUAGGCUCCUGCUCUGCCAGUAGGACAGCUUGAUGGGCAGACAGACUUUUUGAUGCUUGACGAUGAUGAUGAUUUAUUUUAAGUGCUCUUGAGGCUGCCACAAACUCAGAGCUGAUUUCAUAAUGUGUGAGCGAGAAGAGCCCUUUGGUGUGGGGGAGUUAAGGAAUAACAACCAGCAGGGUGGCAUGCUGGCUGAUGGCGACGCCAAUGCCAAUGACAUUCGGACAGAAGAUGGUGGGAGAACUGGGGAUACUGGCUGUCUGUCAGGAUUGAUAACUGUAACAGCAGAGCAAGACAAAGUCAUCAUCUGGGGCACAGACUCUCAGUGUGAUGACCCUGAGCUGGCUGAAUUUGAGAUGUUAGAGUGUCAGGAGUUGGAGGCUUAUCUUGUUGAGGAGGAAGAGGACUUUGUUGGGCUUGCAGAGCGGAAGGAGCUUCAAGAACAGCCGUCAUCAUGCAGAAAAUCCACAGCAGAAGAGGCGAUAGAUUAUAAGGGCAGGGAAGAAAGGAAGUCAAUUCUGAACGGUGCCAGUGAGCAAGAAUCCAAUGGCUCUCAUGUCUCUGAGAGCAGAGAAGCUUCCAAGACUGACUUAAGCUCUGAAACUGAUGUCUUUGUAUCCUGUCUGUCCACCAUUUCAAGCAUGGCCACUGCCAUGGACACUGUUGGCAAGAACCAGGUGACAGACUCCUGGCAUAUUGCCUCUGGUCCUCAUUCAACCAUCUCAGAGGACCUAACUUCCCAGAUUUGCACCACUAUCUCUGAGAGAGGCAAGGCCUCUCAAAUAGUUGAUGAUUCUUCUCUUUCUGCUAGAAAAAGCACAAUAACCCAGAAAGAUGUAGAUAUGAAUUUGAAUUCAGCAGUUCAGUCAGAUGAUGCUGUAUCACAGGCACAUGAUGUCAGUGGCAAACCCGGGACAAAUAAUAACCAUAGAAAUAAAGCAAAGGGUAGUGUUUUGGAGGUAAAUUGUACUGAGAACAAGGCUUUAACCUCUCUGACAAAAUGUCAAAAAGAAAGCAACGCUAAAAUAGAUAAAAGCACACAAGCGGAUGAGACCCCUGAUGUGAACUACAGGGCUCUCAGAACAGGUACAAAGGGGACUCAGUCAUGUGUUGAACCUAAAGCCAUAAAGAAACAAGACUCAUUUGAUAACACACUGAAGAAACAAAGCUCUUUUGAUAAGAGUCUGAAAAAGCAGCCUUCAUUUGAGAAUUCUUUAAAGAAGCAGCUCUCUUUUGAUAACACCUUAAAAAAGCAGGGCUCCUUUGAGAACACCACCACUCCCAGCUCUUCAAGUCUGGAAAGGAGGAAGCCAUGGGGAAGCCCCAGUCGACCAGCAACUCCUACAUCCCCUAAAACCACCUCCUCUUCGUCACCUAAGAGACGACCUAGUGGUUCUCCAGCUAAGGUCCAGGGCAUCAGGGCACCGAGCCUGGAGCGCAGUGACUCCUCUCAAAGAGGAAUAAGUCAAACUAUCAAACCACAUGCUAAGACGAGUUUGAGCAGUGGAAUCCCCAAACCUAUCAUGCCUCAACAGAAGGAGUCCGAACCCAGGAGAUCUUCGCCCCCUCAGAAGCCCAAAAACGUGCGGCCAAAAAUCAUCACGUAUGUUCGAAAGAAUACUCAAGCAAAACCACCACUCACCGAUGCACUAAAUGAAGCCUCCACACACACAUCAAGAUUACCCUCUUACUCCAACCCACCAGCUCUCAAAGAUCCAAAGGUUGCUUCUCAAACUAAAUCCACACCAGUGCUCUGUUCCUCAAACCUGCUAUUUGACAAAUAUCGACAGGAGAUGCAGAAGACAGGAUACUAUCCUCCAGGUGUCGCUGUGACUGGAGUAAAACCUCCAAGCAGCACUAUCCCUCAAAGGAGUGGAAAGUCAGACAACUUCCAGGAGGCAUCAGAGAAAUAUCUUCAAGAGCAGCAUGUUUCCCCUGAAGGAGGUAGUGUCUACCGCUCGCCAAGAACCCUGAGGCCUCAGCUUGGGCUAGGUGCAGUCACCAGGCAGCCUGCAGCCAAGCCAAGAGUUCAGCAGGCAGGUCAAAGGUCAGGUCCCUCACACUAUCUGGCUGCCAAAGUGUCCACUCCAGGCCAACAAGAUCUGGCAGGAGAGCCCAGGAGGGCAGGUCCAGAAACCACCCCAAAAAGCCUCCUGCUCAAAUCAGGCCAGUCUGGCCUUCGUCCUCCAGGCUUCUCUGCCCUUCCAGCUGCCCGUCUGGCUUCUCUAGGAUUUGUCCGGAGCUCCAGUGUCUCAUCUGUAUCCAGCAACCAGUCUAAUGAAAGCACCCACAGUGACCCAGGCCGAGGUUCUCAGUAUCCCAGCAGUGGCAGCGAUGACACACCUCAACAUAAAGCCACAGCACCAUACAGAGAAGCCUCCCCUGCUCAUAGCUGCCCUCACCCUCCUAAUGCCCCCAGCCUCCAGCGGCGCAAUCUGCCACCACGGCACUGCUCCCCACUAGUGACUAGGAGAGAUUUACAGAAGGACGCAGAGGCUGAGCUGUCACCAAAGUCCUCCCCUAAAAGACUUGCAGUGGUUUCUCCCAAGCCACAAUCCCCUGUUCGUGGUCGGACAACAGCAGUUCAUGGAGCCAUUCAGACCGAAAAGGCACAGGAGGUGGAUCGCGCUCAUAUCCAGCAGCUGCGGGAGCGAUGUGAGCGGCAGGCCCUGCAGCUACAGACUCUGCAGGCUCAGUUAAAGAAAGCCUCGCUGUGCCUGGAUGUUUUCAGCAUCACUGCCCAGCACUUCUGUCACAAGGACUACGUGUGUAUGACACAUGUGAUUUUAAUGCUGUGA